CGAACAACCAGUUCAUUCAGCUCGUCUCCGUCACAGCGGAAGCACAAAGACUCCCGUCUUCCCAGCGUCCAGCAGGGAUUCCCGAGCAUCUCCUGGCCACAGAAUUUGUGCCUCCAGAGUGUCCAGUGUGCGUGUGAGUGCAGUGAGAGAGUCCGGAAGUGAUCAAGUGAUUUCCACAGCUGUGGCUGCACUCGAUGUGUGAUUGCGUGGAAAAGAGCUGAUUUCGCAGGGAAUUGGAGCCUUACCUGACACUGUGGCGCUUUCAAAAAUCACCUGGGCAGUCGCACAGCGAAGAAUUCCAGCAUAACGGUAGCUUCCAGAGUGCGAAAGGUGGAGAUAUUUGGCAAAACCGAGCAUCGUGCGAGAAAGUUCUCUUUCAUGGGUUCACUUGUGAUACCGGAAACAUAGCAAUAUGAACUUCUUGAGCCGCUUCAAGCUAGUCAUCUUGAAUUUAGUGAUAUACAAUUUAUCGAAAGUCUAUUCCCACAUAAUUGUUACUAAUUAUGGCAAUCUGGAGGGCGAUCAGGACGUGCUCUGGAGCUCUAAUAACAUCUCGAGUCUGCCGCGGAGUCUGACGCCGCUGUUGCAGAGUAGCAAUCGAAGCCACACGCCGCCGCCGCGGCCGGGUGACGAUUACGACCUUCUGCGGCGGCUGAAGGAGGCGGCGCGCCGCGACGACGUAGGCGACCAGCGCAUGCUGUGGAACGACGCCACGCAGGAGACGUCGGCCUAUCCGCCGCUGGUGGAGAAGGCGCUCAAGUUGUUCAACCUCAAGCAGGUGGCGUACGAGAUCGAGACGAGCGUGAUGUCGAAGGUGUCGUGCACAGCGUGCAAGGCAGGCGCCGGACUGCUGCAGCACUACAUCAAGACGGGGCGCAGCAAGGAGGAGAUCGUGAAGACCAUCUUCCAGUACUGCGUGUACCUGAAGAUCCAGAGCAGACGCGUGUGCGAGGGCGUGAGCCAGCUGUUCGGCGUGGAAGUGAUCUACGUGCUGGAGCGCAUCUCCAUCGGGCCCGACGAGAUCUGCAGCUUCGUGAUCGGCGACGCCUGCGGCGACGUCUACAAUCCCUACCACGAGUGGGAAGUGGCUUUCCCGCCGGUGGCGAAGCCCGACCCGAAGGAGAUUCCGCUGCCCAAGGAGGGCGCGCCGCUCUUCAAGGUCCUGCACCUCUCGGACACGCACUACGAUCCGUACUACGCACAGGGCAGCAACGCCGACUGCAACGAGCCGCUGUGCUGCCGCAUCACGAACGGCAUGCCGUCGACGCCCAACGGCGCGGCGGGCAAAUGGGGCGACUACCGGAAGUGCGACACGCCGCAGCGCACGAUCGACCAUCUGCUGAAUCAUAUCGCCACCACGCACACGGACAUCGAUUACAUCCUGUGGACGGGGGAUUUGCCGCCGCACGACGUGUGGAACCAGACGAAGGAGGAGAACCUGAAGAUAAUCAAGGACACGGUGCGACAGAUGUCGGAGAGCUUUCCCGGCAUUCCCAUCUUCCCGGCGCUGGGCAACCACGAGAGUGCGCCCGUGAACAGUUUCCCGCCGCCGUACGUGAAUCAGGUGGACACGUCCAUCUCCUGGCUGUACGAUGAGCUGGACGUGCAGUGGCGCAAGUGGCUGCCGAGCAGCGUCUCGCACACCGUGCGCCGCGGCGCCUUCUACUCCGUCCUCGUGCGGCCGGGCUUCCGCAUCAUCUCGCUAAACAUGAACUACUGCAACAACAAGAACUGGUGGCUGCUGCUCAACUCCACCGAUCCCGCCACGGAGCUCCAGUGGCUCAUCUACGAGCUGCAGAGCGCCGAGUUCUCCAACGAGCGCGUGCACAUCAUCGGCCACAUCCCGCCGGGCCACUCGGACUGCCUCAAGGUGUGGUCCAGGAACUACUAUCGCAUCGUCUCGCGCUACGAGAGCGUCAUCACGGCGCAGUUCUUCGGCCACACGCACUUCGACGAGUUAGAGAUCUUCUACGAUCCCCACGACCUCAGCCGCGCCACGAACAUCGGCUACAUCGGGCCCUCCGUCACGCCGUACUACGACCUCAACCCCGGCUACCGCAUCUACUACGUCGACGGCGAUCACGACGCCACCACGCGCCUCGUGAUCGACCACGAGUCGUGGAUCAUGAACUUGCGCGAGGCGAACCUCUACGACUAUCCCAUCUGGUACAAACUCUACUCCACCAGGGCGGCCUACGCCAUGAAGGGUCUGCGACCGACGGAUUGGGAUGAAUUUGUGACGAAAAUGGCAGAGAAUCAGGAGCUGUUCGACCUGUAUUACAAGCACUACUGGAAGAAUUCAAUUGUGCGGCCCCAGUGCAAUUUUGAGUGUAAGAAAAGGAUUUUAUGCGACGCCAAAAGUGGUCGGAGUCACGACAGGAAGCACUUUUGUGCGGAGGUUGAAUCCAAAAUUGACGAUUACAGCAACAAAGGUUGGAGAUCUUGGUUUUAUCAUGGAUUUAGCGUAUCGUAUGUAUUUGAUGAAUUAUUUCAAAUGACAACAGAAGAGGUUGAGGACACCACACGGCAGUUGUAACCCACUUUAACACCCUGUAAAGGCUGUAGAUAGAAAAGACACAUGGAUAUGGGCGAAAGUUUGCAUAUAGCAUUUCUUUAAUGUGGCCGCUCUCCACUCUUUACGGCGCUGGAACGGUGCUCAAAUGAAUUUUUUACUACCAACACACUUGUUCUGUUUCAGGGGGAGGCGAAAAACAAAAUAACCUGUCUAUUUUCCGCCUCUUUUCAUCCCCAUUUCCCACCGUCUUCUCACUGCUCACUCUCAUUUUCCCGGUGCUCUUUUAUUGGGCAACUUCAUUUCUCACUCUUAUUGCUUUUAUUGACCACAGAGUUGCAAGUUUAUUAGAUUUAGCACUUUAGGAGCUUUAAGCGCUGCCAGAACUUUAAAUAUUUCCAUACAUUUCCUACUAAACUUUCAGCUCUGUCGUCUUAUCUUGGCAUUGUUCUGUGUUAUUUUAAUUAAUACUCGCCCUUCUCGCCAUUUCAUUUAGCUUCUCUCCUCCUUUCUCUCUCUCUGCAGAAUGAAUGUCCUUAUGUCGAUAGCGAAAU